UCUAUACAAUAUAUAUUUUGUCUAAGUAAAUUUUAUAAAAAAAAUUAAAUUAUUUAAAAACACACAAGCAAAUUUUAGAAAACAACAACAACGAGUACAAGAAGGAAGGAAAUCAUUUAUAUUGUGCAUUUAGUAGUUAAAUUGUUUACAGUUGUUUUUACAGACUAGACGGACAAUCAGACAUACAAAUGAAUGGAAAAACGUUUUUUCUUCAAUAUUUGUUGUUGUUUUAUUUCAAUUGUGCUGUAAAAUAUUAAAUUUAUUUUUUGUUUCUUCAUCCCAGUUUUGUGUUUAUAAACUUGAGGUUUGUUAUAGAAAUUUUUAAAAUUUGUUUCAGUGGUUAUUCGUAUAAAAAUAAAAAAAUAUAAUAAAAAUUGUGUUUUAUACUACAAUAUUGAAGGAAGCAUAAAUGAAAAAGAAAAGUUUAUAGACAAUUUUUAUAUUUAAAUUUAUAUUAAACACAAAACACACUUUCGCUUACGCAUAUUUUUACGGCUGUCAUUAGAAAUUCCUUUGUUUAAAUUUAACAUAUCGUCUGUGUUGUUUUAAAAAGAAAAAAAAUACAAAAAUGAUAAAUAUAAAAGCCUUAUAAAAAAUUUAUAAAUGAUUCAUUUAAUAAAAAUUCUGCAAGAAAAAAUAAAACGAUAUAAAACAUAAAUUUAAUGCUGAUAACGACAAAACAAGUGUUCAAGUGUUGUGCUGCAAAAUGAAAUGUUUCUAAAAUCAUUUAAUGUAAAAUUAAAACCACAAACAAAGAAAAUUAUAUGUUUAAAUUAUAAAUAAUGAUUGAUGUGUUGCAAAAAUUAAAAAAUAUUCGUUCGAAAUUUUAAGUGGUUUUUAAAAGGAAAAAAAUAUAAAAUUUUAAAUUGUGAAAAAAGUUUUAAAUUUGGGAGAUAAAAAAACUAUAACCAUGGAAAAUUCGACAGAAUUAUGUGAAUCUAAUUCACCUACCACACAACUCAUUCUAACAACAACAACUGCUAACAUUACCACAACAACAAUUAACAAUAGCAGUAAUAAUCAUAACAACAAUAAUAGUGAUAAUAUAAAUAACAAUAAUAGUAUCAAUAUUGACACACAAUUACUACAACAACAACAGCAGCAACAACAUCAACAACAAUUACAUACUUUAUAUGCAACAUCAUUGGAACAAAACGCAACAAAUACUACUGAAACAUCAAGGACAACAACAACAGGAAAUUUUGUUGCAAUACCAUUAUCGGAACGUCCACCCAUAUAUAUAUCGCAACACCAUCAAAACGGUAAUAAUCAUCACGAGAAUUAUUCUAAUACAAGUUUAACACGUUCGAAAUCGUGUCUGGUGCGUUGGCGUCAGUGUUGCUUAAAUUUUUUCACUAAAAUUAUGGGCAGCAACAAUCCCAGUGAAGCUGAUCGAUAUGAAUAUUAUGACUGUAAGUAA